UUUCAAAUAUACUUGUCCCGAUUGCCGUGUUUGUAAACAGUCUCACGGCACUGCGUAGUGUAUCAGGAGAUUUACCGUAAUUCUCGACAGUUGCUCGGAGACUGACUAAAGGAACAAAGGACUUGUGUUACAUCUUGUGUACAUCGUACAUUUCUCAUAUAUAUCGCCGAAAUUUUAAUUUAUCUUCGUUGGAUUUAUAGUUCUUAUCGUCACCAAGUUAAUAAUUAAUAGUACACUUUUACAUAUAUAGUAUUUAAAUAAUAUUGCACAUAUUAAUUAAUUGAUUGUGAAUCAUCCUAUGCAUGCAAUUUACAAUUGUAAAGCCAUGUCGGAGAAUAUUUACUGGACGGAAUGUCACAAAAGGACAAUCUCGAAGCCUGAUUUGACCGAGAAGAAGGAAAACAUAAAUCCGAGUCAAAAUGCCAAGUUCGUUGAAAGUAAGAGCGAUAUGGAAAAGAAGGGAGGACUAUCAGCGGGUAAUGCGGAAAAUCGGAAAGACGAUGUCAUGUGUACGACGUCGAUACAACAAAAGCUUACCAUCCCGAGAAAAGGUCAGUUUAAAAUUUAUCGCGACGAGGAUGAGAGAUCGCGCCCGCUCGUGCGGAAAAGCGCGUGCAGGAAAGAAAUGAGAAGAAGGAUUAAGAGAAGAGACUCGGAGGAAUCAGCAGUUUGUACGAUGGUGCUUGAAAGAGAGGAGCAUACUCGUUUCUUAACACCUACUGCUUCGUACAGGGCACGUUCUUUGAGCAACAACCGAAAUAGAGUUUCUUUACGUGAAAACAAAUUGCACGGAUCUGUAGAUCAGAGAUGCUGUUCCGAGAAGAGAAAGUCCUCAUGCGCACAGAGAAACCAGCAUCUCUCCAACGAUGUGAAGAAACGGACGUUAUGCAGUAUCCAAACGUGGAAAGACAAGAUGAGAAAAUCGCACAUCGAUGUCGUGCCCAAGAGCUCUUCAACUACAUAUACCGUUGCGGUGAGUGCGGAUGAAGCGCGUGCCAAAUGUAAUCCGAAAAACUACAUUGACUUUGGCCCCAAAAUCUCGCGUCGUGAAUUCAACUCAACGCGAAGCGGUGAGUUUACCAACGAAAAAUCAAACAAUUUGAAGACUGAUACGAACGAUUACGUCAAUAACAAGAAGGAUGACAUUUUACAAAACAUCACCAAGAAUACAGCGGUGUCGUAUAUUUCGAACGAAUUCGUUAUGAUUCCGCAAACUGCGGCAUUUUCGGGUGCACAAGCUGGCACUGAUGCGAGCAUGUGUGCUUGUGAUGACAAUCAACAAUUUACGGGAGAAAUAAAUUUUAACUGUGCAACAUUUUCGCGUAGUCCUAGGAGACUAUUGUUGACUCCAACAAAGGUACAUCACGGGCAAAACGAGGCAGCAAAUCAGUUUUUGAUCAACGAAGAGGACAUCAAUCAAAUAUCGUACGAGGAUGAUUAUUUAACGUAUUUGCCAAGCACGGAACGCGAAAGGGAGGAGAAUGCUCCGAAGCUUUCCUUCGGCUUUCUGCGCGGAAACAUAAACGCGCAACAAAGGAGAAUCAUCGUGGGAUAUUUGAUAUAUCUUGGCACACAUUGUAACUACGAGUCUUCUAUCAUUUACCAAGCUGUCAAACUGUUUGACACCGCUGUUGACAGAAUUACGGUAAACACGGAGCAGAUACAGCUGCUGGCUAUAGCGUGUCUCUGGAUAAUUCUCAAGAGGGAUUUGGCUAAUUAUAAAGUACCAUCGGCAACCAAGAUGUUGAAACUGGCGACAAAUGUGUACGACAGAAGAGAGGGAUGUUUGUUGAUAUACGAGAAGAAAAUACUUUCAGCUCUCAAGUUCAACGUGCGGUUCGCCGAUCCGUUUUCUUUGCUUAUGUAUCACAUAUCGAGUUUGAAUCAAACGCUUCGAUACCUCGAUCAAGAUGAGAUCAUGCGUGUCUACUUUUGCGGUAGCUAUUUGAUCGACGUAACCAUGUUAGACGAAAGCUUAUGCAUUACCUCAGUAUUCGUGCUGGCAAUAACUGCUUUCGAAUUGGCGCUUGAUUUCGUUCUCGCAUCUAAUAACACGGACCAAACGUGGCGUCAACUCUUGGGAAAUAAAGAGGCACUUGCGAUAUGGGAAGAGGGACAGAUCUCUUUUGUAAAACAAAUUAUGGUAAAAUUGGUUCUGCAAACGGGGAAUCCUUCGAAGAUUAUAUACAGGAAAUAUCAGCGCAGCAGAACCUGCAAAGUCUCCGACUUCAUUGUCAAGAGUGCGGAAAAGGCCGCAGAGAAAUUCAAGCACGUUAUAUGAUAUAUUUUAUCGUUAAUUUUUAUUCAAUCUGCUACUCGCCGAUGCACAUAACGUAACAUGCAGGUCAUGGUCGUGCUCGCAUUUUUGUACCUCAACAAGUGUCUAUCUUUAAGAUAUUUUAAGAUAUUAAGAUAUUAAGAU